UGCCAGAGUGCCUAGUGCAAAAACGCCCUCGGCUCAUAUCGAAAGUCAGCGCUCCUUCCCUGUUUGGAGAGAGUUCGGGAACAGACUGUUAAUAAUGGAGGCCAGUUUCACUGAGGGGGAGUUUUACCAGCAGCAUUUUGACCCCAGAGCUUACAUCGAUAACUUUUAUUCUAGUCCAGAGGGACAUGCAGACGAGAACUUUCUUAUUUUCGUUUUAGACAGUCUCAGCAAGACUUUCUCAGCAGGCAGAUAUAAAGGCCAGACCCUCAUUGAAGUAGGCAAUGGACCCACUAUUCACAGCGUCCUCAGCGCCUGCGAGCACUUCCAGGAGAUCGUUCUGUCAGAUUUUACAGACGACAGUCGACAAGAAGUAGAGAAGUGGCUAAGAAAUGAGGAGGGGGCUUUCAACUGGAAGCCCGUCAUCCAGUAUGUCUGCCACAUGGAGAAGAGAAGCCCGUCUGAGGUGGAAGCUAAAGUGAGACAGAGGGUGAAACAGGUGCUGAAAUGUGAUGUCCGCUUGGAAAAUCCUUUCCAUCCUCAAACCUUGAAGCCUGCAGACUGUGUGAUAACGUGCCUGUGUCUUGAGGCAGCGUGCAGAGACAUGCUGGAGUACAAGAAGGCGCUAGCCCAUAUAACCACACUGCUGCGGCCUGCUGGAGUUCUGGUCAUGGUGGGUGUUUUAGAACAGAGUUUCUACUUUGUUAACCAAACACGAUUCUCCUGUCUCCAGCUCAGCAAGGAGAAUAUUGAAGCUGAGCUCCAAGGCCUGGGUUUUACCAUCCAGGAGCUCAACUUCUUACCAUCACCCAAACCGGAGAACAAUAACGUAUCUGAUUACAAGGCUAUUUUUCAUCUUGUAGCUUUGAAAUCUGACAAGAAAUGACACGCUAUUGAGCUCAGCAUUUUAACUCCACAAUAUUCAAUGGCAAUGGAAGAAAGGAUAUUGUGUGAAACUUUUAAUGUUUGUAUCAGUACAUCCAAAAUUUCAGAAAAAAACAGACAGAAGGUCUCCAAAAUGCAAUUGAGAUGCCUUAUCAAGUAGCAAUACACAAGAAUGAAUUUUCAGCCCAUAUCCAGAUAAGUCAUUGUGAAAUUUCAACAAAAUUCAACUGUAACUUGCAAAAGGUAACUGGAGUUUUCAAAUCAUGUAAAAAAAAAAAAGUCAAACAAGUAUAGCACCAAAAAGGUUCCUGUAUUUUAUAACAUCAAGUUUAUAACAGUAAAAGAACCCUUUUUGGUGCUAUAUAGAACCAUUUUCAAAAUGAUUUUCUGCACUACUAUAUAUAACACAUUCUCCAUCAACCUGAAGAACCAUUUCCCCAUACAAAGAACAAUUUAAGCAUGAUAUUGUAAGAGUUCUUCAGAUUGAUGGACAAUCUUAUAGAUGGUUCUACAUAGAACUUUUCUGAAAACAGUUCUAGAUAGCAACAAAAAGAUUAUUCCGUUGUUAUAAGCUUGACAUCUUAAUAACAGUUCCAUAUAGAACGAUCUGUAGCACAUUGUCCAUUAAUCUGAAGAACACUUUCAUGAUGCAGUGAAUCCUUUAAUUUUGCAAAGGGGUCUUUAAUUAUUCAUGGUUCUAUAUAGAACCAUUUUAUUUACUAAAGAGCCCUUGAAGAACAAUAUUUUUAACAGUGCAGAACACACUGUUAUUUGAUGUGGUAAAUGAUGACUAGCUGACUAGUAAAAUUAAUUGUUCUGCAGCCUUUGGCAAGUGUACCCACUGGGUUUUGUUCCUUAGCAAGCAAACUGUGAUUAGGCUAGCAUAGUUCUCUAUUUUGCUCCAGUCUCACUGGGAUUUUGUGUGCACAUUGCAGGCUAAUCUGUUUUUCUAAAUCCAGUAGAGUAACAAUAACAAGAUAAUAAAGUAAUACAGCCAGCUACUUUAGCUAUGCAAAUCCUCUAAUUCACAAAUGUCAGGGAUAUUUUUUGAUCCGUGGGGCUCUAUUUUAUCUAUCUGAAAAAAGUAAUACCACAACUUUUUGGUAAAAAUUCAUGUUUAUAUAUACUUUUUGGCAUCUGGUUCCAUUCACUUAUAUAACAUUAUACAUAUACACUCACCGGCCACUUUAUUAGGUAUACCUUGCUAGUAAAACGUUGGA